CAGAGAAACUCUUCAACCUGCUGCUGAUCCAAAAUCCACAGCUCUUAGUGAGUAUCACUUUAAAAGGACUUUUCCACUGCUGCUUUUGUCUUUUUCACUCUGAGACAAAAUGUCUGAUCAGACAGAAACAGAUCUGUCCUGUCCUGUCUGCCAUGAGAUCUUCACUGAUCCCGUCCUCCUGCUGUGCAGCCACAGCAUCUGUAAAGACUGUCUGCAGACCUGGUGGAGGCAGAACGGCUCACAGCAGUGUCCAGUCUGCAGAGAAACAUCUGAUUUAAAAGAUCCACCGAGAAACUUGGCGUUAAAGAACCUGUGUGAGGCCUUCUUAUUGGAGAGACAGCAGAGAGUUUCUGAACCUCUGUGCAGUCUGCACUCAGAGAAACUCAGACUCUUCUGUCUGGAUCAUCAGGAGCUGGUUUGUUCCGUCUGCAGAGACUCGGGAACACACAUCAACCACCGGAUCAGACCUGUUGAUGAAGCUGCAAAAGAACACAGAAAGAAUCUCCAGAAAUCCCUGAAACCUCUGCAGGAGAAACUGGAGGCCUUUAACAGAGUUAAAGUACAGUUUGAUCAAACUGCAGAUCUCAUUAAAGUCCAGGCUGGAAACACAAAGAGGCAGAUUAGUGCAGAGUUUCAGAAGCUUCAUCAGUUUCUCAAAGAGGAAGAGGAGGCCAGGAUGGCUGCUCUGAGGGAGGAAGAGGAGCAGAAGAGUCAGAUGAUGAAGGAGAAGAUCCAGGCUCUGAACAGAGAGAGAUCAGCUCUGUCAGACACCAUCAGAUCCUCCCAGGAGAAGCUGAGAGCUGCAGACAGCCUGUUCCUACAAAACUACAAGGCUGCAGUGGAAGAGGUGCAGCAGCGCCCCCUGCUGGAGGAUCCACAGCUGCCCUCAGGAGCUCUCAUCGAUGUGGCCAAACAUCUGGGCAACCUGAGCUUCAACAUCUGGAAGAAGAUGAAGGAGAAGGUCUCCUACAGUCCUGUGAUUCUGGAUCCCAACACGGCUCAUGAGGAUCUGAUGGUCUGUGAUGAUCUGACCGCUGUGAGAGGAGGAGGGAGGCAGAGGCUUCCAGAUAAUCCAGAGAGGGUUAAAGGUCACAGCAUCGUCCUUGGAUCAGAGGGCUUCAGAUUAGGGACUCACUGCUGGGAUGUUGAUGUGACGAAUAAUAACUGCUGGAGCGUCGGUGUGAGGACUAAACCAUAUCAUGGGACUUCAUACAGAGAAAUGUGUUUCACUGGUGGAAAAUACACAGCAGUCUGUAAGAUAGAUGAUGAGCAAUCAUUUAAUAUGUUGGAACAGAUCAAAUUUAAAUUGUACUUUGAUUGUAUGUUUCCAGUAGAUCUCACUUUGAACAAGAAGUUGACCAGGGUCAGAAUACAUUUGGACUGUGACAACAGGAAGCUGUCAUUCUAUGAUCCUGACACCAACUCAUACAUUCACACCUUUUCAGUAGAAACCAAUGAAAUGUUUCCUUACAUUCAAACCUCCGAUGAAAAUCCAGUGAAGGUCUUACCACUGAGCUUCUCUACAGAAGUGGAAGAGGUCACAUGUUCUUAUUGAUCUCCUGAACCAGCUCCUCCUGCCUCGCUGUGUCUCGACCCUCGAUGACCUCUGUGACCUUCCAGCAGUCCUGAGCUCCACCUCGCUGAGCAUCAGAGCCUCGCUGGCUGACAGUGGACAGACGCUGGUUGAAGAUCCAUCCCACAGCAGAGUGUGAGCAGGUGGAGAAAAUGUCCUCACUUUACGCCCCAUGAGACAGCAAGUUUGUUGCUGUAAAAUAUGGAAAUAUUGAUCAGAGAAAAUAUGCAAUUUUUUUAUUAUUAUUAUUCCUUUUAAUAGAAUCUAAAUAGUUCUGGGUUAACAAGUGAUUGAACUUUUUUUAAUGUAAUUUUAGACUCUUCAGCUGACUGUUUCACAUUUUUCUGGAGCUACAGUGAAGUCAUUCUGUAGUGUUUUGGUCUCUCCUAAAAGACAGGCUUGUAAUAUUUGGUGC